AUGGGAAUGAUCAAGCGGUGGGCCCGGGGGCUCCUCGCCUGCGUCGUGCUGCAUACAGCGCUGUACUUGGGCCACGUCAAUCAAGUCCUGGGCGGCAUCAAUCUGGCGCAGGUUGUUGCGAACGGUGUUUGCCGCAUGGUGCACUGGGCCACAUUUAAAGCUGCGGCGUCGACAGCCCAAGUCGUGCCGUAUGCUGAGAGCUUCUUGUACCCCAAGACGAUCCGCCGCACCGGGCUGUACCGCUGCAUCAGAUUCCAGUACACGGGGACGGGGGAAUGCCCAAACAUCGUUAACGACAUCGUUGGCCUUUUCCUCACCCCGAACCACACGGAGCCAUGCGACGCCAUGGUGUCCACGAGCAUGUACGGGGUGCCGGGCCACUGCGUCGUUUAA